CCUGUUCCAUCACUACCCCAUCCCUAACCCACUCCAUCCCCAUCCUUAUCUCUAUCCCACCUCCACUCCAUCCCCAUCCUUAUCUCUACCCCAUUCCUACUCCAUCCCCAUCUCAUCUGAAUCCCUACCCCAUCCCCACCCAAUCUCCAUCCUUACCUCUACUCCAUCCCCACUCCAUCUCCAUCCUUAUCUCUAUCCCAUUUCAACUCCGUUCCUAUUCCAUCUGAAUCCCUACUCCAUCCCCACCUGAUCCCAUCUAUACCUUAUCCCACCCCAUCACCAACCCAUCUCAUCCCCAUCCUUAUCUCUACUCCUUCCCCAUCCCAUCUGAAUCCCUACCCCAUCCUUAUCUCUACUCCAUCCCCAUCUCUACUCCAUCCCCAUCCUUAUCUCUCUUCCAUUUCUCCCAUGAGUCCCUACACCAUCCCCACCUGAUCCCCAUCUCUACAUCAUUCCAUCCCCAUUCUUAUCUCUACCCCAUCUCUACUCAAUUCCCAUCUCACUCCAUCACUUCCCUCAUCCCUACCCCAUCCCACUCCAAUGCUUAUCUCUAUCUCCAUCCCUACCCCAUCCCACUCCAAUCCUUAUCUUUAUUUAUCUCCAUUCCUACCUCUACCCCAUCCCACCCCAAUCCUUAUCCCUACUCUAUCUCCAUCCCUACCCCAUCCCACCCCAAUCCUUAUCUUUAUUUAUCUCCAUUCCUACCCCAUCUCACCCCAAUCUUAUUUCUACUCUAUCUCCAUUCCUACCCCAUCCCAAUCCUUAUCUCUACCCCACUCUACUCAAUCCCCAUCCCACCCCAAUCCUUAUCUCUACUCCAUCCCAUCUGAGUCCCUGCUCCAUCCCCACCCCCACCCCAUAACACAUCCCCACUCAGCCCAGUAACCGGAGCCAGCUCAGGCUGUGGCUAAGGUGUCACCAUCAAUAAUUGAGCACAGAGCAGAGCCCGGCUGGGGACCUGGGGACACACUGAGCACAACCAGAAGUUGUGGGACCACACCCGCAGCCCAGGAAUCUCCUACAACUCCCAAGGUUUGGGGUGAGAGGGGCACGACGCGUGGCUCGGGAUUUGGUGUUGGGGGUUGCUGGGCACAGGAGCCAGCAGAGGGCUGGCCAUGGUGUCUCCAGCCAUCGCUCUGGCCUUCCUCCCCUUCCUCAUCACUCUGCUGAUCCGUUACCGGCACUACCUGGUGCUGCUGUACCGUGCUGUGCUGCUGGGUUGGCUGCAGGACCGCCUCACCGGGGUGCCCCGCGAGCAGCGUGCCUUCCAGUAUGUGCUGACCCACGCCAUCCCCGGGGACCCCCAGCACAUCCUGCACACUUUCGACCAGUGGAGCUACCACUGUGAGCACCUCAGCUGUGUGGGACCCCUCAAAGGGAAGAUCGUGGAGAAGCUGCUGUGUGAGCGGGCGCCGCGCACCGUGCUGGAGUUGGGCACCUACUGCGGUUACGGCACCGUGCUGAUGGCUGCGGCGCUGCCGCCGGCCGCCCGGCUCUACACAGUGGAACCAAACCCCCAACACGCCUCUGUGGCUGAGAAGGUGAUCCGUCUGGCAGGUUUCGACGAGCAGACGGUGAGCAGCUGGCCGGCCGGCGCUGUGCCAAGGCAAGGCAGGGGAGCUGAGGGUGUUUCUAUGCAGGUAGAGCUGAUCGUGGGCCAUUCCGAGGAGGUGAUCCCACAGCUGAGGGAGCAGCACGGCGUGCAGAGCGUUGACUUUGUCUUCAUGGAUCACUGGAAGCGUUGCUACCUGAGGGAUCUGCAGCUGUUGGAGGAACACGGGUUGCUGGCUGAUAGGGCCACGGUGUUGGCUGAUAACGUGGUCUUUCCAGGAGCCCCACAUUUCUUGCAGUACGCCAAGACGUGUGGGAAGUAUCGCUGCAGGGUGCACCGUGCCAGCCUGGAGUACUGCCGUGCCAUCCCUGAUGGGAUUGCUGAGCUCUGCUACACUGGGGCCCGCUGAGCUGCCACUGUGGGGUGGUGUCUGGUGGAAAUCACAGCCUCCCGUUGCUGUGCUCAUGCUCAGCCAUAAACAUUGACCCCAAAGGAAA